AUGGCCGAGGCUGUAGACUCAGAGAAAACUCUGGGCAUCAGAUCUGAGCCGCGAUUGCCAUUACAUACCUUCCCUCCGCCCAUGGUCAUACCGCCGCUGAAGCAGCCGCACCAGCAGACCAUCAUCCUCCUACACGGCCGAGGUUCCAGUGCGAAACUAUUUGCGCCGGAGCUUCUGUCUGUCCCACUUGAUAAUUCAACCACGUCACCGGGCUUGAAUGCUUGUACAUUUCGAGACCUUCUACCGCAUACGCGCUUCGUUUUCCCGACUGCGCCGCGGUCGCGGGCAACCAUUUACAGACGGGCCAUUAUCAACCAAUGGUACGACGGGAGCGGCGACUGGGAGGACACACUACUGGGCCACGCAAAGGAAACAGUUCUAUUCAUACAUUCUCUAUUGGAAGAUGAAGCCAUUCGGCUGGGCGGGACGGAUAAGGUAGUGCUCGGCGGCUUCAGUCAAGGCUGUGCUGCGGCGCUUGUUUGCCUGUUGUUGUGGCGGGGGACGCCACUCGGCGGUAUACUGGGCUCUGAUGACGGUCUCUUUGAGCACUCUGACGGCGAUUCGACGACUAGCUGGGAGGGUAAUCGGUCUGAACACGAUCCGGUGGAACGAGCAUUGCGUAUUCUGGGGGACGAGAUUGGCAUCACGGUAGCGGAGCUAGCGACGCGUCCAUCAUUCCUGGGGACACCUGUGUUUCUCGGGCAUGGGACCGUGGAUGAUAAUGUCCCAGUACGCUACGGUCAGGAGGCGGCGAGGGUUUUGCGAGCGAUGGGCUGUGAGGUCGACUUCAAGGCCUACGAUGGGCUAGACCAUUGCUAUUCCAAGGAUAUGCUGAAGGACAUGAUAGGGUUCCUUGGAGACAUAGCGCCGGGUUCACAAUGGUCUUGA